AUGCCUCGGUAUGCUGGUCAGCAGCAGCAGCAGCAGCAGCAGCAGCAGCAACAGGCAUACCAGUCCGUUCCCUCCAGCCAGCAUUAUAGUGCUGAGCAAGUUCUUGCCCCUCCUGAGAUUCAUUUCGAUGAGCAGGAGCAGAUGGACCCGAACUUGUAUGCUCAGCUGGUUGCCACCAACAUGUACCUCGCCCAGCAGCAGCAGCGCCUUCAGCAACAGCUUCUCAGUGUCCAGGCCGCCGCUCAGCAAUUCCAGGGCCUGAACUUGCAAGGCGCUCAGCAACAGAUUCAGCAGCAGCAGCUUGCCAUGUACCAGCAGCAGCAGCAGCUUCAGAGCAUCCAACAGUCGAUGAUGGGACAGAUGCAGCAGCAGCCCCAGCAACAGGUCUACACGUACUAUGACCCUGUUACCCGCCAACAGGGUUACUACAUUGACCAGGGACAAACCGACCAGCAGGCCCAGCUUGCUCAAAUCUAUGCCGCCUUGGCCCAGCAGCAGCAGCAGCAGCAGCAGCAGCAGCAGCAAGCCCCUCGCGUUCAG